AUGAACACUUCAUCUGACCUGGCUCCUACAGAAGCUCCGGAGGAGUUUGACAGUGGGAAAGCUGUGGCGUGUGUGAUCCUGGGCCUGUCCUUCCUGGUUGGCGCUCCGGGGAACCUGCUUGUGAUCUGGACUAUCCUCAGACACAUUAAGCAGCGCUCCCACACUGUGGUACUCGUCCUGCACCUCGCUGUGGCAGACAUGCUGGUCAUCAUCACCCUCCCUCUGUGGAUCUACUCCCUGCUGCACACCUGGGUGUUUGGAGCACUAGUCUGCAAGGGCUUGGUAUACAUGAUCUAUGUCUGCAUGUUCAGCAGCAUCAUCUUCAUCACCAUCAUGAGUGUGGAGCGCUUUCUAGCCAUCUGCCAUCCAUUUAUGAUGAGGGGCUGGAAUAGCCAUAGUGCUAUGAGCAAAUUUCUAUUUUUCGUGUGGCAAUUUGUUAUUCUUUUUAUCCCAGACACCGCAGUCAGCACAUACGCUUGCAGCAUGAACCGCUCGCAUGAGCUGUCACACUUAGAGGAAAAGGCCCCCGGGGACUUUGAUGGAGGAACAGUGGUAGCCUGUGUGAUCCUGGGCCUGUCCUUCCUGGUUGGAGCUCCGGGGAACCUGCUUGUGAUCUGGACCAUUCUGAGGCACGUGAAGCAGUGCUCCCACACCGUGGUGGUCAUCCUGCACCUCGCCGCGGCGGAUCUGCUCGUCCUCAUCACCCUGCCUCUGUGGAUCUACUCUUUUGCCCACUCCUGGGUCUUUGGAGAGGCCUGUUGUAAAGGUAUGGUGUUCAUGAUCCAAGCCUGUAUGUACUGCAGUGUUUUUCUAAUCACCCUCAUGAGUGUGGAGCGUUUCGUGGCCGUGCGUUAUCCCUUUGCUUCGGCUGACUGGAAGAGGAAAAAAGCUCUGAACAAAGUGCUGCUGGCUCUGUGGACUGCAGCGUUCCUGUUCAGCAUACCGGUCAUCCCAACUCAGAUUGUUGAUGGCAAAUCAGGAGAGGAGCAAUGCCUGUACCGCCUCUACACCUCUGUGACCCAGGAGCUGGUGUGUGUGCUCUUGGAGACAGUGGUGGGCUACAUACUACCCUUGUCCAUCCUAGUGGUCUGCUAUGGCUGCCUAUGCAGCCGCAUCACUCAAAUGACCUUCAGGUCCAAACGCAAGUCCACUGUCUUGAUCGCCAGCGUGGUGAUAGCAUUCGCUGUUUGCUGGACACCUCAUCACUUGGGAAACAUCCUCUCGCUCAUCAUCUUGGCCGUUGAAGAAGAUGCAGCUGAGCGUCUGGAAGGGGUCCGGAGCGCCAUGGCUUUCGUGACGGGAGCUAUGGUCUUCAUCAGCAGCACAAUUAACCCCAUCCUCUACAUGUUCGCCGCUCACUCCUUCAGGAGCUCCCUGCGUGACAUCGGCAUUCAAAAGCUUUUCCGCCACAUCUCCAGCACCUCCCCAGGUGAAGGCAACAGGGAGGUGUCCUUUGUGUCCAAGAGACACAGCAACCAGACCAACAGCUCACAGUGUGUGACUGAGUCCAAAGACCAAAUGAGUGUAUUACUUAAAAUGUGUGAAAAUAGCGGAUCCUAA